GGAGCAGAGCAAAAACAGGUCAUUUACACCCCCUCCCCGCCCCCCCCCAAAAAAAACUUUUCCCCUCUCGUACCCCUGUUGUAAAAUAUUCGCUUUGAUCUGCACCAUGUCUCACUCAGCGAAUCCAGUCUAUAGAUCGACACUGAAUACCUACCAGAACAUUAUGGAACAAUACAACCCUGGACUGCAGAAUCUUGUGUUCCUUGGGACAAAUUUUGUCCGGGCUUUCCGAGUGUUGGUCACGGCAGCUAACAAUUAUUUUGUUGCGGUUGGGAAAUUUGGCGAGCAAGCCCUACAGACUUCCACGUCGCAGACGCUGGGUCAGGUCUUGUUGCAGAUGACAGAUACUCAGAGGCAACUCAGCAAUGACCUGGAAGUAAUUUUUUGGAGAUUCAAUGAUGAUCUCCUUCAGGAAAUGGAUCGUAAUACACAGUUGGAUAUAAAGUACAUCAGUGAAAGUAAACAUCGAUUUGAAAUGGAACAUAGGAAACGGAUUGAGGUCCUGGGCAGGGCAAAUGCAGAGCUCCGGCAAUUGGAGAGAAUGAGGAGCUCACAGACCAGAGACAUGCAGGAGAGGAUCUACAAUCUGGAGUCCGGCCUGGAAUUAUUUCUCCACAACAGCUACAAACAGGCCCUGGCCGAGGAGAGACGCCGCUAUCGAUUUCUGGCCGAGAAACACUUCCAACUUUCGAAUCAGUUUCUCAGCUUUUACAACAAGGCCCGCGAAGUUCUCCACAGUAAAGUCCCAGGGUGGAGAGAACACAGCAGCCCAGCAUCAUCUGGAAACAUCUCUGGUAGAGCAAGCCCACGGCCCCCUUCCAUGAAUGACGAUAACAUCUCGAGGUACAGCCAUGUUCCCAGCCCUCAGUCAUCGAAAAGAGAAUUAAAUGGGGCAGAUGUGACCACGUAUACAUACUCAGACCACAGACAAGAAAGACAUGCCUCACCAAGAGCAGGCUCUGAGGGGCGUCUGUCAAGGGCUAGCUCAUAUGGAGAAAAGAUUAACGCAACAGUCAGUCCUCGUGUUCAGGCCAUUGCCUCUCACUCUGCCAGCAGCGAUCGGACCAUGUUAAGUUUUGAAAGAGGAGAUAUCAUUGCCAUUUUGGUCCCCGAAGCAAAAAAUGGCUGGCUUUAUGGAAAACUGGAAGGAACACCCAAAUUGGGCUGGUUCCCUUGCUCAUUUGUGAGGCCUCUGGAAGAAGAGAUACGAAGGCAGGAACCGUCAACCAGGGCAUUUCCAAUGCGGAGCAGUCGGAGUGCGGAAGAUCUGUUGGACCCGAAGGAUUAUGUGUUGCCACCUGCGGAUUACAGCAGCAACCCGACAGGCCCCUUGCCCGCUGCCCCACCUCUACCAUCCAACCUGCCGUCAAGGAGCCAGAGCCCGAACAGCAGGAAAAACAGUGUGACCAGCUUGGGAGUAUCGGAGAGUGCCCAGAGCAGGAACUUAAGUAGUUCAGACAGCCAGCCAGAGCUCUUCCCAAGGGGAACUAAUCCAUUUGCCACUGUCAAGCUGCGGCCUACUGUCACCAACGACCGAUCAAGACCCUUUCUGCGAUAAAAAUGAAUGAUGUGGAUGUCUUAAAAAGCAACGCAAAUUGCACUCUAAGCUGCUGGGGAAAGCAUGAUCAGUGAUGUUGAGUUCUUUUCCAAACCUUUCUAGGCACUUUAGAUCCCAGAGGCAAAUAAAAAUAUCUUCAUUUCCACUCGAAGGCCAAGUCACUUAGAAAAGUUUUAAUGCUUCAGGAUGCCUGCAUUUGGGAGGGUCAAUGAUUAACAUGCUAAUUAUAAUAGAUAAACGGUGAAUGAGUCCACUGCCUUGUUCAGGGAGUCUUGAUUCAUUGAACGCACGGAAACAUUGUUAAUUGUCAAGGACUGGGCUUUCGGAGGUGGGGAAUAGAGUUUAUGAUGAGCUUGAACUCAUUUCAAUGGGACACACAGCUCCUUCACCUUGGGAUAUCUGUAAUGAUAUUGGAUUUGAUAAGUCAUUCCUAAUUGAAGUGAGGAUAAAAAAAAUUGUAAGAAUGUAAGAUGUACGGCUUGGGACUGGAUGUAGGCCAUUGCAGGGGGCAAAGGCCUAGUGGUAUUGUUGCUGGACUGUUAAUCCAGAGACCCAGAUAAUGCCUGGGGACCCGGGUUCAUAGGCUGCCAUGGCAGAUGGUGGAAUGUGAAUUCAAUAAAUUUCUGGAAUUAACAGUCUAAUGACUACUGUGUGUCAAUUGUCAGGAAAAUCCCAUCUGGUUCACUAAUGUCCUUUAGGGGAAACUGCCAUCCUUACCCAGUCUGGCCUACAUGUGGUCGAUGCUUAACUGCCCUCUGGGCAAUUAGGGAUGGGCAAUAAAUGCUGCCUGGGCCAGCGACACCCUCAUGCUGUAAAUGAAUAAAGGAAAAAUAAAUUGACCCUUCAAACCUGCUUCAGAACUUGUUUCUUAAAUCAGCUAAUUGGGCGAUGUUAUUACCCCCCCUUCCAUGGCCAACACAUCCCGAGGUGGGCCUUGAGCCUGGGCCCUCUGCCCCAAAUGUAGAUUCACUGAGGUACGAGUACACUAUGUGAUAUCAGCCAGCAGUUGAAUGGGAGUCCAGAUAGUUGUGAUCAGCCCUCGUGAGCUCCUAGAAGAUUUUAUCAAUAUUCUAACAAGCCUCUCCUCACAAACUCGCCAGGCGAAGUAUUUGACGCGAGGGGUGAACCUACUUCCAGAAGAUCAUAGCGGCACUCUCUGGUUGUGGCCUCACUCUGCUUUCCUGUUAGCACCCCCGCAGAGUCUGUAACUCCCUCAACUAUCAGAAACUAUUCCACUUGAAUAAUCUGGCUUCUGUCAUCGUCUGUGGAAGAGAAUUCCACAGUCUUUGCAUCUCUGUCUUAGAAAGGAGACCUCUUACUCUUAAACUGCACCCCUCAGUUUUAGGCUUCCCUACAAGGGGAAACAUCCUCCUUUGUAGAUGGUGUGGUGGCUCAGUGGCUAGCUCUGCUACCUCACAGUACCAGGGACCUGGGUUCAAUUCCACCAUCAGGUGACUGUGUUGAGUUUAGGCAUUCUUCCCAUGCCUGUGUGGGCUUGCUCUGGAUUUGCCCCACAGCCCAAAGCUGUGCAUGUUAGGUGGAUUAGCCAUGCUAAAUUAUCCCAUUGUGCUCAGGGAUGUGCAGGCUAGGUGGGUUAGCCGGAGGGAAUGCAGAGUUAUAGGGUAGAGGGGGGAGAAUGUGGGUUUGGGUAGGAUGCUGUUUCGAGCGCUGGUGUGUAUGUGGGCUGACUGGCCUGCUUCCACUCUGCAGGGGUUCUGCCCACCCCAUCCAGUCCUUUCCGGAUCUCAUACAUUUCAAUAAGACCACUCUCAUUCUUCCAAACUCCCACGCUUAUAGGUUCAACCUAUCUUCAUAAAAUAAGCCCUGCAUCGCUGCAGUGAUUGGAGUGAACUUUGAAACUUGAGUUCUUGAGAAGCAGGGAAUUCUGAGUUUACCUGGGGCAUACCCAGUGGAUGUACAGGAGAAGUCUACUUGAGUUGUGUUGACAAAAACCAUACCUCCCAGAGCAUUAAGAAAACUUCAUUGGAGGUAGUUGACAAAACAAACAAGAAUAAUACGGGAGAAACCUUUCUCAGAUAGUGGGGAAUUUCAGGAAAGGGAUGCAUUGCUCGAGAGUUGGAAGCAAAUUCUAUUGAAACAUUCCAAGAAGAAUAGGAUUGUGAUCUGAAAAGGAUGAAUGUGCAGGGCCACAGGGAGAAAGCAGAGGAUUGGCAUUAAUCACAGGAUUCAUUUGGUCGGCCUGUGCAGACACGAGGGGCAGAAUGGCCUCAUUCUGGGCUGUGUGAAGAGUAGGGAGGCGAUUUCAAAAAUGCAAUGGGUCAGAGACUCAGAGCAAUUGAGAGCAGGCUGUGCCACAGAGCCCAGUUACAAUUCUUACUGCUCCAAAACUAGGCUGGGAUAUUCUUCUACUCAUUGAAUAGUGAAGCAUGCUUGAAGGACCAAAUGACCUACUUCUGCUCCUAAGUGUGACAUCUUCCAUUCUCACAAUUUUUUUGUCCUCACUUUAAUCAGGAACGAUACAGCAACUCCAGCAAUCUGAUAGGGGGAGAGAAACAGAGCUAACAUUACUGGUUAGCAUGAACUGUUCUCUGUCAGAUACUUUUCCUGGUGAGUUUGUGAUGAGCGAUGUGUUGGAACAUUGGUAAAAGCUUAUAGGAGCUCAAUGAGGGCUGAUCAAAACAUCUGGACUCCCAUCCAACUGCUGUUUGAUGUCAGACACAGUGCGCUGGUAUGUCAGUGAACCUACCUGCAGGAAAGAAGGUGCAACUUCAAGACCCACCUCAGGAUGUGAUGGUCUAACUUGGUUGAUGUAAAACAAUAAAUUCUGAGCCCAUCGAUGCCGUUCCAAAAGGGUUGCAGUGGCAUUUGGGUUAAAACUACUAACUCUAUGUCUAAAUGUGAAAUUUCAAUUGCGUUACAAUUUUGUCAUCCUCAAUUACUGUACCAGGUUGAUCUUUGUCCAUUUUGCAAAGUAGAGAUUUAGAUUUAAGUUUUAUGAUCAUGUGGACUCAAGUAUGAAGUACAAGAGUACACUGAAAAGUGUACCUAAGUACAAAGAAAGUACAUAAUCUUAGUUAUAGAAACAGACACAGUCCAAAUUUGUGCAGGCUAAGGUGGAUUGGCCAUGCUAAAUUACCCAUAGUGCUCAGGGAUGGAUAGAUUAGGUGGGGGAUGGAUCUGGCUGGAUGCUCUGUGGCUCGGUGUGGACUUGUUGGGCCAAAGGGCCUGUUUCCACAUGGUAGGGAUUCUACGAUCUAAAGGUUGUAAAAGAAAGGUUGAAAAGUUCAGCAGUACACUCUGCUUAGCACCGAAAUAGAAAAAUAAAGAAAUACAGUUAAAGGGUGGUUAGAAGGAUGAUAAUCCCAUGGAGUGCAUGUGCACAAAUGCAUAAUGGAGGCCAUUUCUCAUGGUGUGCUAUUUGCCUCCUGCUUUGGGAACACUCACUCUGCUUUGGCAGAUUUCUGGGAAAGCCCCAGAAAUUAUCGGGACACUGGGUAUCCUACAAACAUCUGGGAAGGUCUAUGACUUAGAAACCACUUGCCAAUAUUGACAUACCGCUGCCUUUCACUCAUUUGGUGGGCCAGUGCAGACAUGAUGGGCCAGGAGGGGGAAUAAUCAGCUACAAUAAAGGUUUAAUAAAUCUUCAGUAUGUUAGUAUUUGGAGCAAGCCGUGGACUUUAGGAAAAUUAGGCAAAUUAAUCCAGUGUAUUAAGGUUGCUCGGGUCAGAUAUGCUGGCAGAACAAAGGAGUCCCAGAGGUGUGAAAAGUUUCUGCAGGACAGAGGAAAGGAUAGCGCUCUCAUCUGAAUGAUAUCCAGAGUAAAUAGCUGCUUUCUCUUGAGAUGAAGCUGAGAUGUGUCCCCUUAGUGUAUUGGAGCAACAACUAGAUAAGAUGUUCCAGUGAGUAAGGGUUAGGUGUCCCAUCGAAACAAGAUUAAAGACAGGUUGACAGUUUGCCAUCUAUUUACUUCCUCAUUCUUGUUGUUAAUUUACUUUGAAGAUAUUAUAGCUGAGAAUGAUUGUGUGGCACGGUGUCUCACAGCACCUGGGACCUGGGUUCGAUUCCUCCCUAAGCCAACUGCGUGUGUGGAGUUUGCAUGAUCUCCAUGUGUCUGUGCAGCGUUGCUCCAGUUUCCUCCCACAGUCCAAAGAUGCGUAGGCUAGGGUGGAUAGGCCAUUGUGCUAAAUUUGCCCCAUAGUGCCGAGGUCAAGCGAGUUAGAUCUGGGGUUUGGGUCUGGGUGCCAUGUUCUUUGGAGCGUUUAGUGCAGAGUCUAUGGGCCAAAUGGCAUUUUUUUUCAUUAUAAGUGUUCUACAAUUAAAUAGAAUCACAUCUAUUAUAGACGAUUGGUGCGUUCAGAAAAUGUAACACUCGUAAAAAGUGGUAUAAAAAGUAACAUGAUGUAACAGCUGCGGGAGAUGCAGUUUUCCUCAGGGAAGAGUAUAUCUCCCUUGUGUCUACAUGAAUAAAC